CUAUUAUUCACAUUUGUCAUUUUAACUUGGCUUUUUAUUAACUUCAAAACCCAGCCUUACACAUAAAAUGUUCCUUCAGUGGAUGUAUAAAACAAGAGCAAACCAAUCAGUUGUCACAUUUAGCCUAUAGUAGAUAUAAGCAAGAGAUUCUCUGCCAGUCCCAUAGCAAUUAAAUGAUUCAUUGGCUUUAUCGCAUUUUAACAGGAUGUUGAUUGAGAGCAUAAGCCAUAUUGAUUGUCCUGAUGGAAACAGGAAAUCGCGCAGAUAGAAAUAAAAUCAUUUGUUGUUCCCGGUGUGAGGAUACCCGGGGGAUUGAUAUGCAAUUGCACACUGUUGAGAGGCAUUACCCCCAGCAACCUCCUCCCCUCCAUUCUCUCCCCUAUGGAGACCUGGAAGAGACGUCAUCUGUGGUUGUUAUGCUGCGAAAUGACGCUGGCACUCUCUCCACCCCCUGCUACUGCAAUAUUACCCCUGUGGUCUGUUACAGAAGAUGCAGCACUCUUUGUCUGCACCAUUUCCAGCAUGAAGUUUGACGCCUAACAGUAAUCAGCCCUCUGCCUUCAUUUCCCUCAUGUGGAAGUGGAACCAUUUGAGUGCGAUGCUGAUAAUAAUAUCAGCCUAAAUGCAUCCUACACAUAAAACUCGUGACUGGCCUCAGUCCCGUAAACCUACACAAUUUUCUGUGCUGGGAAGCCUCGUAGAUAAUCCUUGUUAGUUGAACCGAUACCUCAACAAUUCUAAAGGGUUAAAAAUCUUGAUUAGUGCACGUUGCAGGGGUUUUUUUAUUAACGUGCAAUGAAAAAUGAACAGUUAGCGCUUUAUUUUUGGCUUUGUCCUCAAUGUUGUUUUAGUUGGUGAGAGGAAAAAUACCCCCAUCUCCCUGCAAACACAUACAAGCCAGCCCCUCCCAACGCCCUCCCUCUAAUGCACACUCACACACUUUGCAAGAGCACGUCACUGAGCUCAGGGAAUGAGUGGCUCAUUAGGAAGAAGGAUGUGAUAUUCUGAAUAGAGACUGUGAGACUCCCAGCGCAUCUAUUUUUAGAUGAGAUAUCUCUAUGACAGUCACCGUGGUGUUAGUUAAUUACAGCCACAACCCCAGAUGCCAAUUAAGAACGAAACAAAUGCUUUUAAGGAGGGGUUUUGCUCCUCUCUACUAUGAAGGUCCUCGUGUCCAUUCUGAGAGGAGGCAGGAGUGUGUUUGUUCAGCGUGUUUUCCUGUAUCAGGUUGGGACAUGCAGAGUGUAGUCAAAGCCUCGGCCAGGCUAUUUUUAAAUGAGCCCCUGUGGAAGGCAAGAUCUAGAUUUUGUUUUCAUUGUGGUGGCUUUUGUGUCUCUGGCUGUUGGAUGUCCACCAAUUCACUGACUUGCUGUGAAUCAUAGAGCUUCUCAAAGUUCCACCAGGUUAGAAGAGUGAUGACCAUCCUGUUCCUUACUAUGGUUAUUUCAUACUUCAGUUGCAUGAGAGCUGUGCCCCUGAGAGACGCCCCGGGCAUGCGGGGCCAUCGGACGGAAGGCUACUUGGGCGCUGCUGCGACGGCCGCACGAGGCCAUGGGACUCCACAGAGUGGUGGUGGGCCAGGCCAGCGCGGGGAGCUGCCCUCACUCACAGACACGUUUGAACAGGUGAUAGAGGAGCUGCUGGAGGUGGAGGGAGAGGCGGCACAACUGGGACAGGGGGCUGAUAACAGCCAGGGAGGUGGGGGCCCGUCCUCAAUGGUCACCACAGAGACCAAGGAUGUCGAUCUGUAUGACUCGCGGGUGAUGAUCAGCAACCAAGUGCCUUUGGAGCCGCCGUUGCUCUUUCUUCUGGAGGAAUACAAAAACUAUCUGGAUGCCGCUAACAUGUCCAUGAGGGUGCGGCGACACUCCGAUCCCUCACGGCGCGGAGAGCUGAGUGUGUGUGACAGUAUUAGCCAGUGGGUGACAGCUGUGGAUAAAAAGACAGCAAUAGACAUGUCUGGGCAGACAGUUACCGUCAUGGAAAAGGUCCCUGUCCCCAAUGGCCAACUGAAGCAAUACUUUUAUGAGACCAAAUGCAACCCCAUGGGGUACACAAAGGAGGGCUGCAGAGGAAUAGACAAGCGGCAUUAUAAUUCCCAAUGCAGGACAACUCAGUCCUACGUGCGAGCGCUUACCAUGGAUAGCAAAAAGAAGAUUGGUUGGCGAUUUAUAAGGAUAGACACUUCAUGUGUAUGCACAUUGACCAUUAAAAGAGGGAGAUAGUGUAUAAAAUGUAUAGAUUUUAUUGAAGAGUUUAAAAAAGAGAAUAAAGAGAAAAUAUCUAUUUGUAUAUAUACAUAACAGGGUAAAUUAUUCCGUCAAAUGAAAAUUUUAUGGACUGCAUGUAAAAAAAGAUGAAGUUUAUACAGUAAAAGUGAUGCUACAGUCUAUUUAUUGAACAUAUUCAUGACCUUGUAAACAAUUAAAAAUCUGAUCAGUCAUUUGCGCCCAGUUUAAAUUACUAUAUCACAUUCCUCAAAGACAUUGUGAUUUGUUUACAUUGCCAAGAAUUAGAAAAUGAAGGAAAAAAAACAGGCAAGGAAUGAGAGGACAGCUCCAUCUUCAAAAGCUUGCAUGCUGCUUCAAUUGUGAAUUGAGAAAUUCUCCACUUACAAAAAAA